CACACACACACACACACACGCACACACACACACACACACACACACGCGCGCGCGCUUUUAGUCCACGACCCCCACUAGUGGCUGCCAGUGUCUGCAUGGAAGUGCUCGGCUCCACACUCGAGGCGUGCGGCCGGCCACUCAAGACAGCAGCCGGUGGAGAUGUAAUCUUUCUCCACUUCUCCUUCGUCUUCAUCCGUUCUUUCUUACCCAACAUGCUGGACUUGAGCCCCAGUCGCCUCUUCUGCAGCACCCUCCUGCUCCUGCUCCUGCUCCUGCUGGGCUCCGUUUACGCACCGGCAGCUCCAGCGUCCUCCUGCCCGACGGGCUGCGAGUGCUCCGAGGUGGCGCACACGGUGAAGUGCGUGGCCAAAGACCUCCGGAGCGUCCCGCUCGGGAUCCCUGGAUACACCCGGAACCUUUUCAUCACCGGCAACCAGAUCGCGCGCAUUGGCACAGACUCCUUCAAGGGCCUCGACAAUGUCACUAACCUUUCACUAAGCAAUAACAGGAUUUCCGAGGUGGACUCUCACGCCUUCUCCGGCCUGCCGAGUCUUCGCUCGCUGGACCUGAGCUCCAACCAGCUGGCGGUGUUCCACCCAGAAGCCUUCACGGUUGCCAACCAAUCGCUCCACCAGCUCAACCUGAGCCGUGCCCUCUACAACCACUCAGCUGUGCUGGACUUGGCCACGGCUUUGCGCUGGAACGCCCUAAGCUCUCUGCGCAUCCUCGACCUGUCGCACAACGGCCUCAUCUACCUCCCGCCACGUAUUUUCUCCCACUUGAGCGGACUUCGCCGGCUGCUGCUCACCAACAACUCCCUAGUCGCCGUGCGCAACGCCACCCUGGCCGGUUUGGAGUCUCUCCGGGAGCUGGAUCUGACACUCAACUCGCUGAAGAACAUCCCCGACGAGGGCCUGCGCGAGCUGGACUCGCUCCCCGAGGCUGAGAUCCUCCUGGGUGAGAACCCCUUCACGUGUGCGUGCGGCAUCGAACCUUUGGCCCGCUGGCUCAACCGCUCUCAGGGACGCGUCCGCGACCCUGACCAUCUGGUCUGCGCCUUCCCUGCCGCCCUGAGGAACACCUCUCUGCUCUCGGUGGUGGCUGCCUCCGGCAGCCUGAGGUGCCGCCAAAGGGGCGCCGGCGCCGACCUGGCCCUGCAGACCUCCUACGUGUUCCUGGGCCUAGUACUGGGUCUGGUGGGCCUGGUCUUCCUCUUUGUGCUCUACCUGAACCGCAGAGGCAUCAAGAGGCGUGUGUACGACAUGCGAGACGCCUGCAGAGAGGUAUGGGAGGGCUACCACUACCGCUUCGAGCUCGAAUCGGACCCCCGCCUCUCCCAGGUGUCCUCGAGCACUGACAUGUAAGACCUAAACGAGUUCAUGACGUUGGAUUAACCCCCCCCCCCCCCCCACACACACACACACACACGUGACUCCUGUCUUCCACAUCAACAGCAAGUGCCUCAAGACCCUGGACUGGUCGCCGGUCAAACACGGGCAGCAUACAGUAUAGAUGUAUAUAGUAUAGUAUGUAUGAUGUAUGUAUAUGGUAGUGUAUUUAGACACAUAUAGGCAUUUCUGAAUGUUUGUGUAAAUCUUUAUGCAUGUAAAAUGCAAGCAGCAAAUUGGAAUUGUUUCAAGUCCUUUGCAUUCGGAAGAAGGAUAAUUCAGCCCAGGCAAGAGCCUCUCCAAACCCUCGUGCGCCGCCCCUCCCUUUUUUUUUUCUUUUUUUCAUGAAGACUUGCUUUGUUUCGACGCCUUGACUUUUAUUGCCACAAUGAUGAGAACCAGUCACGGAGGCCGAGGCUCUUCAAAAGCCAGCUCCAUGUUUUUCUGUUUAAGGAACUUUCGCCUUCUUCUUUCUUCCCAUGAUAAGACACAGAUGAUUCCGGACAACAGCGGCCGCAUUCAUACAGCAAGAACAACUCAAAUUUACAUUUUAUUGGGGUCGCAAGAAGUAAAUGCCUUAUCAUGUUUGUUUGAGUUGAGGCUACAAAUGACUUUAUUGCCCUUCACUUUGUUGGCUUUGCAGGUUUUGAGGCUAAAAGCUUCCUUUUUGUUCCAAGCCAAAGAUGAAGCAUUCUUCUUCUGGCUUCUUAGCCAUUUUACUGCAUGUGCAAUACCACAAUAAAAUGACAAAGCAGCACUG